GAAGCUGGAGAUGCACUCUACGGCUUCACGGGGAACUUUGCUGGAGCCUCAGCAUCAACACAGGGCCAGGCUACAACCAACCCCACAGCCUUGAAGGAGGCAAUGGAGUGCCACUAUGACGACUGCAAAUGCAUCAAGCAGGAGAAUUCGGACCAGUCAGCGCAGGUGAAGCCGUGCUCAGGAAAGCACUGCAAUUGCACGUGCAAGACCCACAAGAUUGUGAUCACGCACAAGAAGGAGCACGUGGGCAGAAUCCACAAGUGCCCACACUGUGAGUUCACAAGCAAGCGGUCGGACAACGUUCGGCGGCACAUGCUCCGGCACACAGGAGAGAGACCCCACAAGUGCCCUCACUGUGACUUCAGUGCUAAGCGGCCGCAUUCCCUUAAAAAACACAUAGAAAACAUUCACAACAAGGACCUGCGCACAGAUGGAAUAGUCAGAUAAAGGGGUAAUGCCAAGAGUAUUCUUAGUCGGAGUAAGAGGGAAGAAUCUGUAUGUAUAUGUUUUAUUAAGAUUAAUACUAGAGCACUUUAUUUAAUGGGGCUUCUGAAAGUACAAACGUCUUAUCUCCACAAAGCAACGAGAGCCACUGAAUAAAGAGUCUAGUGUUUUUCAUUUCCCAAUAGGGGAAAAAUCCUUUUUCAGAACACCAGUGUUUGCUUUUGGGUUUUAUGUAUGCAGCCGUACCCAUGCAGGACAGUAGAACCUCCAAAGCUAGUGAAUGUGUUUAAGAAGGCAGCUACAUUUGUAAGGCCGUAGGCCUAAUGUUGUGUUUUUAGAAAACAGUAGACUCAAUGACCAUCAGUUAGAUGUGUUUAGACAUAUUUGUACAAAAUGCUGGUUUAAUUGAAGCCUGCAUAUUGGCUUGAAUCAUGUUCCAUGUUCUGAUAUCUCUAUAUUGUUUCUAGAAAUUUAAUUUUUGAAAUAGCAGAUACUUUAUAAGAAUGGGGAUACCAAUUUAAGUAGUUCACAUGUGUGUGUGUGCAUAAGUGUGCCAGCAGUUUGUGUGGUCAUUAGAAUGAGCACUGGAAGAAAGUGGAUUGAUAUUCUAUGGACAUUAGGUCCACUUGCUUGUUUAGUAUAAUUGUUAUACAGAAACUCGGAGUCCAUCAAAAUCUGUGAUUCUUCUGACCACACUCAUGCAGUCAUGAAUGUUGUCAUAUGUUAAAAAUAUAUGAAAUCUGAAUGUA